AUGGCUACUUCAGCAGAAGAACCGGUCAAAGAUUCAGAGAUAUCACCAGAGAAAGAGGAUCAAGUAUUUACUUGCAAGUUCGCAGGCAGACAGAGUACAGUUUCAGUUGGAAGAGAGAAAAUCGAUAUUGUGGAGUGUGCUGAUGUUAAGAAGCCUACAAAGGUAGCAAAAUCUGAUCACAUCAUCCUGAGUGACGUACUUUGUGCUAAAGUAACUGGUCGAUCUGAGGUGACACUUCAUGUGAUACAAGGCACAAGCAAAGACAAGAAACUCACACUGAAAAAAGUGAAGCUGUCCCUAAACGAUAAUGCACAGUUGGAAAUUCUGGAGAAGAAAAUAAAUGGUGGUAUCGUAUCCAUCACAGAGGGUGUCCGGCCAAGAAGAUUGUUGGCAAUAAUUAAUCCGAUAGCAGGAGGCCAGACUGGAGAGAAGAUCUACAAAACUAAAGCGGCGCCAUUGUUUGCCCUGGCAGGCAUUGAGGUGCAAAUUAAAUUGUCCGAGAGGCCGAAACACGCGAUAGAACUUGCAAGGGAAACAGAUCUUAAAGGUAUUGACGGCAUAAUAACAGUUGGAGGCGACGGGACAUUUACACAGGUCUGCAAUGGACUUAUAGAGAGAAGCCAUAUAGAUGGCGCUGAAGUUCCCCCGGUGGGAGUCGUUCCAGCAGGAUCAGGCAAUGGGAUGGCGUUCGAUUUUACAGGAAGUUAUGACAUCACUGGAGCUGUGCUCACAAUAAUAAGGGGAUCUACAUUCAAGAUAAAUGCAUUAGAGUUGAAAAGUGGUGGAAACACCAUCUUCUAUGGGACUAUGUUCUUUGCAUUGGGUUACUUUGGUCAGGUUAUGCACCUAGCUGAAAAGAGGAGACAUUUAAAGAAAUUACGAUAUCUAAUAACAACGUUAUCUACCUUGAAGAACAGUUCCUCAUGCCGUGUGGAUGUUGGCGUCACAUACACUGACAAAAAUGGUGAAGAUCUUCAACCUUCAGAUUGGACCACUGUUAAUGGGUCGUUCACGUCAUUGGCUAACAUGCCCGUCCGACAAGUAGAUGACGAUGGAAAUACGAUAUCAUUCCUCAGGUACCCUACAGGGUCUCUCCAGUUCAUGCCUUAUGGAGCAAGCAGAAUGGAUUUAAUUAAAUACGUUCACAACAUGAGGAGACAUCUAAUAAAUGGCGACGAUUUGGCCCUCCCUGAAGGAAUGUACAGUGCACGUUUUGCACAAGUGAAAAUCAAAGCUGUGAAUCCAGAAGAUGAGUUAGCACGGAUGUUAAACUUUGAUGGAGAGCCCAUCUUGUUAGACAAUGCAGAGUUCGAAAUAAGGCUGCUGCCCCAGCUUAUAACAGUUUACAGUCGAGAUGUCGCCAGAUGAGGCUAGCUUUUUCUUCGCUUUC